CCUGUCGGGCCGCUGGAGUUCGCGGGAAACCGGCUCUGUAGUAUUGGGAUAUAUAGCCAAACCUCGUUUGAUUUUGACCUGCUGCUUUUCUUGUUAUACCUGUAUUUCAUCGAUAGGCCCGUUUUGAACCAUUAGGGCUAAUAGCGGAGGAGUGACACAGGUUUAAAUCCGUCGUCGAUGCUGCCCCGUGCGCCGUGCUAACAUCUGACGCUAGUUAGCUGGGUUGUCACAUUGUGCUUCAUGCGAGUGGACCGAGAAAACACGGCGAACUAGGAAGAGACAAAGGGCCGUCGAGACUCGGCACGGAGAAGACGCCUUUCAGAAUGAGUUUGUUCAAUUUAGACCGUUUCCGUUUCGAGAAGAAGACGGCGGACAAAGACGAGGACAGAGGCUCCAAAAGCCCCGAGUCUGAGAAGGAGAACAAGCCUGCUCAGAUGAAAUCUGUCAAAGCUCCACCAAAGUCCCAUGCCAGAGGAGUGGUUUUUGAUGAAGUCCUGACCAUUGACUUAGAAGAGGACGAGGGCCUCUCUGAACCAAAGACCAAAAUAUCAUUAACCAGUAAAUCCAAGAGUCCUGUAGGGAAGGCUUCGGAUAACACAGACGAUGAGGACAACGAAUCUGAUGAGAAAAUUAACAAAAUAUUGGAGAUAUUUCCUCAGUUGUCGAGGACGGAGAUAUUGGAGGUGGUUAGCAGUACAAGCACAAUGGAUGGGGCUGUAGCUGCCUGCCUUUUGAGGUUUGGUGAUAAAGAAGCACCGAAUCAAGGCAGGAAGAGAAAGCAGGAUGAACCCAGCAGUUCUCAGGAUAGUGGUGAGAGUCAACUGAGCAAGAAGAGGAGACCAACAGCUGCCUCUGACGAAGACGAAAAUACAGCGAAUGAACCCAGCUGGGAGAAGCAGGAAGCCAUGGUCAGAAGACUCCAAAAAAAGUUUCCCGACCAGGACAAGGAGGAGCUGCGGAUGGUGCUGCAGGAGCACGACUGGAAUUCUGAAGAUGCGCUGCAGGCUCUACAGAUGUUUUCAGAUCCAGAUAAUACCAGUUUCAGUUCACCUGAAUCAGAUGAAAAGAAAAUCAGCAAAUCAAAGAGGAAAGACAAGUCGAGCAGGAACCACAAAGAGUCUAGGCACCACAAACGUAACGAAGAUACUAAACACGUGAGAAACCAAAAGGGCUCUGAGGACCGAACGGUCGUCAGUGAAACAGAACAGGAGGGUACUGAAGACUCGGAGGAUACCAAGGACAGCGAAGACGAGUCGAGUGCUGAAGACGUAAAACGUCCCAACGACAAAAGUAGCACUUCCACUCUGUCCUCGUGGCUCAAAAAAACUUCUGACUCGGCGUCUUCGUCCUCCUCCGUGCACAAGGCAUCUACCUCUUCAUCCCUGAAGCCGUCCUCUUCCUCCUCUGCUGCUGCCCAGACACUGUGCAGGUUUGCCAGUGUGACCAGCAUAGCCAAGAAGCAGGCGCUGGAGAGGAAGAGGAAGGCGCGCGCCUCCGAUGAACGCGUCAGUUCGGAGGGGGAAAAUGACGACGAAGAAGACACAGUAAGCACAGAGUAUGAGGACUCGGAUGAUGAGCUGGACCUUAAUACGGGCAUGACGGACAUGAAGAAGGAGAUGCUCAAAUUCUUCCGGGAAGCAACGUUGGAUGAGCUGUCACUGAUUGCUGGGUGCUCGAUUAAAAAGGCACAGAAGAUUGUGGAACUAAGGCCCUUCGAAAACUGGGAAAGCCUGAUCGAAGUCUUCCAUAAGGAUAACGGCCUCUCAGACAGCUUGCUGCUGGGCUGCAGAGUCGUCCUCAAGGAACGGAAGGUUGUCCUGGGGCUCAUGACCAAAUGCCAGGGCAUUUCUUCAAAAAUGGUCAAACAGGUCACUGAGGUGAUGGACAAAGGCACGGGGACCAUGAAGCAGCCAAGUGUACUCAACAGCCAGCUCCAGCUGAAGCCCUAUCAGCUGAUUGGUCUGAAGUGGCUGCUGCUUUUGCAUGAACACAAACUGAGUGGAAUCCUCGCUGAUGAAAUGGGUUUGGGGAAGACUAUUCAGGCUAUAUCAUUUUUAGCCCAGUUAUAUGAAAACGGAAUAGAAGGUCCUCACCUCAUCACUGUGCCUUCUUCUACACUCGAUAAUUGGGUCAGAGAGCUGAAGCUGUGGUGCCCAGACCUCAAAGUUCUAGUUUAUUAUGGAUCUGUGGAAGAUCGUCGCUACCUCAAACACGACAUCCUAAAUCGGGACGUUGAGUUCAGCGUCAUUGUGACCACGUAUAACUUGGCCAUAGGAAAUGAAAGCGACCGCGGCCUUUUUCGCAAGCUGCGUCUGAAGUAUGCUAUAUUUGAUGAAGGCCACAUGCUGAAGAACAUGAACACUCUGCGCUACCAGCUCCUCAUGGCCAUUAACGCGGAGCACCGCUUGCUGCUGACAGGAACUCCUUUACAGAACAACCUCUUAGAGCUGAUGUCUCUCCUCAACUUCAUCAUGCCUUCUAUGUUCUCCAGCUCCACUAAACAGCUCUCCAAAAUGUUUUCCCAGAAAUCCCAUGAGGAACAGAGCCGUUUUGAGAGGAACCGUAUCUCUCAGGCCAAACUCAUCAUGAAACCUUUUAUCCUCCGAAGAGUCAAGAGCGAGGUCCUCAAGCAGCUGCCAGCAAAGCAAGAGAAGGUAGAGUUCUGCCCGAUGAGCGAGAAACAGGAGGCUCUUUACAAGACCCUCUUCAAUAAACUCAAGGCUUCCACCAAUGGCGAGAAGCGCGAGCUGUGUAAUGUGAUGAUGCAGUUGAGAAAGAUGGCCAACCACCCUCUGCUUCACAGACAGUACUACACCGCGGAGAAGCUCAAAGCCAUGAGCAAACUCAUGCUAAAGGAGCCAACCCACUAUGAUGCCGAUGCCGCUCUCAUUCAGGAGGACAUGGAAGUGAUGUCAGACUUUGAGCUGCACCGUCUGUGCCAGCAGUACUCCUCCAUCGGUUCCUACCAGCUUGAAAAGGAGCUCCUGCUCGACUCUGGAAAGUUCCUUCACCUCACAGAGCUGCUGGCCUCACUUAAAAACAAGGGAGACCGAGUUGUGUUGUUCAGUCAGUUCACAAUGAUGCUCGACAUUGUGGAAGUGCUGCUGAAAAACCUUAAGCAUCGUUACGUCAGACUGGACGGAUCCACGCCAAUAGCAGACAGGAUUGUGUUGAUCGACGAGUUCAACACGGACCCUGACAUAUUUGUGUUCCUGUUGUCAACGCGCGCCGGUGGCCUCGGCAUCAACCUAACCUCGGCUAAUGUCGUCAUCCUUCACGACAUCGACUGCAACCCCUACAAUGACAAACAGGCAGAGGACAGAUGUCACCGCGUGGGCCAGACCAGGACUGUACAGGUGAUUAAGCUGAUCAGUAAAAACAGCAUAGAGGACCUCAUCCUGCAGCUGGGCAACAAGAAACUAAAGCUGGAGCAGGACAUGACCACCGUUGCAGAAGAUGCUGAGGGGACCAUUCCUGAAGAUAUGGCGUCUUUGCUCAAAGCGUCACUGGGACUGUGAUGUUAAAACACACGAAACUGGAAACUUUACCGAGACAUUUUCUGUGACGUUCACACGAUUCUGGGCAGACUUGAGUACUCUGACUGAACACACUUUGGUGUCCAUGCUGGAUAACUACUGGAAACCCUGUACCCCCAUGGGACAAAAAAAAAAAAAAAUCUGAUUUACUGUGUACAAUAGUAGCUGUGCCUGAAACACAAUUUUUUACGCAGUUUGGCUCUUACUUUGACUACGAGACCAGUUUAUAAAGGCUUAACAAAACGUUUCAAUAUUAUGCACUCCACAUGUUAUGUAAGAAGCUGUAGAAACUUGAAAGAGCGUUGGAGGUUCAGGGCUAUCAUGUGGUAAAGCAGCAUGUUUACAGCACACCGUCAAACUUGUUUUUAAGGAGUAAAGGUGGAAUUUGACUUAAUAUAACAUGUAAUUAAUUUUAGAUUAUUUCCAUUCUGACAACAGUACUGUAUGCUGGUGAGGAAAACAAUACUUAAUGCCACUCUUUCAUGGAUAUUUCAAAUUCUAAUAUGCUUAUGUGAAAGGUGUGGACCAUGGAGAAUAGAGCUUUCAUUCCAGACACUGUUACAUCUCAGAGUUUUUUGGCACUCAAAAAGAAGAAAAAAAACUCUAUUUAUAUAAAACUUUUCUAGCUGCUGCAGCCAAUUAGCAACAUUUCAAGAGCGGCAAAUGCAAAUACACUGAUGCUGUUCGAAUUCCUCUGUUACCAUUUUCGUUUAAACCUCUUUUAAAAGUUUAAAAGUAGUUUCAUCACAAAGUCAGCCAUGUAUCUGGGUUCUCUGUUGAUGUUCAAGAAGUUUGUGUGUUUAGUUUCAUCAAAUUCAAGGACGUUUUUCAGCGAAUGGCUGGCUGAAUGACAUUGGCAUUAUUAUGAACUGAAAACGCAUGGUUGUUUGUAUGUGCGUAUCUGUAUGAACACCAGUGCAUUCAGCAUACAAAUACUACAUAAAUUUGAAAAAAAAAAAUUGAAUUAAAAUUAAUUAAAAAAUGAAAAUGAAACGUCUUUAAAAUCCAGUGCCUAAUUAGUUUCUUUGUUGUUUUUAUUCGUUUAAACAUUGAGCUGUGGCAGACAGAGAGGAUUUAAGGAAGCAGCUGCUGAAUUCAUGUACUGUAUGAGUGGCUAAUGUGUUGUAAGUGUACAAGUGUUAAUUGACCUGUAAAAGCCUUCACUAAGUCCUUUGUAUGUUUUUUAGGUUCCUGUUUAAAUUGAAUAAUAAAUAUUGGAAUAAA